GAUGCUUCAGAGCUGGAAGCUGCUUCUUUGGUGUUCUGGGUAUUUGCAUACCGGACAGUAGACUUCCACAGGACUUUGAGCACAUGGGCUGCAACGAGGAUGGACUGAUGGAGGUCUGGAGAUAUUGCUCAUCACUCAGCAUCCACAUGUUCUGAGCUUGUUAGCAUUUCAUUAAGUUUUGUCAGCGUCAAUUAUAGAUCUCAGAGCAGUGACUGUCAACAACCAUGAGCAGCGGAGUGAAUAUCAAAGUCAUAUCUCGGAGGCAGAGUGACGCAGGUGUCAGCUCCAGUCUGCCGUCACCUCGAAGCACAAUGUCGGUCUCAAAGGCAGAGCCCAAAGAGCAAUAUAGUGGGCUCCCAAAUCCCACAAUGCAGUAUCAGCACAGCGCAAAACGACGGCCUACAUAUUCUUCAUUCUCUGGUUCUUCAGGAGCUGCAGAGUUGCUGAGAGGUGCCGCUUUAAAGAACAACCUGCUGCACCAAAAGACUAGCAUGUAUUCACAUAGAAGCUCAGCAGCUGCAGGGCGAGCUGAUGGAACCUGCUCAGCUUACAGCAGCCCUCAGAUACCAAAGAGGGAAGUUCCACGCUCGAAAGACACAUCAGACAUCCGCAGCGACACGAUAACCCAGAAAGCUUUGAGAGACCUUCAGUUAAGAAGAAACACUAACAAGAACUGGACCUUUGGAAAGUAUCGUCAGAGGAGUGUGGACAAUGCGCAAGAGGGUAACACUUUGCGACACCGCCCACCAAAUCCUCAGGUAGGCUACGGAAGAGGACGUCUUCUUUAUAGUAAAAAUGCAAAUGGAAAUGAGAUACCAGGAGUAUCUUCAGCAGGAAUAGAGAACUUCCAAAAAGAAGUGAGGAACAUCUCCAACUAUGAGCUGGAAGCUUCUGACAGGGAGCUUUUCAACAAAUCAAAGUCUUCCCAUCAAACAUUCAACCUGCCACGCAGAGGGAGUGAGCCAGGAAAGGUCAACAUGGCUGCUGUUGCUCCAUUUAGAUUCAGGUUUAAGAUUCACGAGGAUACAGAUACCUCCCUGGAUGAUCUCAGUGACUGCUCCUCUGACUCCAUGGAGGUCUGUUGUGAUGAUCUAGACCCCGAGUCCCAGAGGAAGCGGACUGUGCAGAAUGUCCUUGACCUACGCCAGAAUUUAGAAGAUACAAUGACAAGUCUGCGGGGCUCCCAGAUGAGCCAUAGCUGUCUGGACAGCAGUAAUGUGGGCUAUGACAGCGAUGAAACCAAUGCUCGCAGCAUAUCCAGCCUAUCCAACCGCUCAUCACCUCUUUCCUGGCGCCACGGCCAGGCCAGCCCUCGUCUUCAAGCUGGCGAUGCCCCAUCCUCCACAGGUGGCGGAUACCAGGGAAGUAAGAGUGGUUCCCAGUACACAGCCCAUACAAUGCCUGCUCGCUGCUCCAGUCGACUCAACAGCACGUCUCGUAUUGAGCUCAUAGAAAGCCUUGAUGUUGAUGAUCCCGAUCUCAAGUCUGGUUACCUGAGUGACACUGACCUUCUAGGGAAGAGCCUGCCAGAUGAUGAUGAUGACAACCUGGCUAACGGUUGGGACGAGAGCAGCUCCAUUAGCAGUGGACUCAGCGAUGGUGAUGGCGAUGGCUCGGAGAAUCUCAGUUCAGAGGAAUUCAAUGCCAGCUCGUCUCUCAACUCCCUCCCAAACACACCCUUGGGAUCAAGGCGCAACUCCUCUGUUAUGCUCCGCACUGAUGCAGAGAAGCGCUCUCUGGUGGAAAGUGGACUUUCUUGGUACAGUGAGGAUGGCAAAAGCACCCAUAAGCUUGGUAGCUCCAGCUUUGACUCAGGAAGUCUCAAGACAGAGGCACCAAGCAAGUGGAGAAAGAAGCCUCCAAGUCUUAGUGAAGAUUUUGGCGGUAAAGGGGAACUGAAGAAGCCUCAAAGUUUGGGUCAACCAAGAAGUUUCAAGAAAAGCAGAAAUCCUCCUGUGGGUGUGACCUCCCCCAUCACCCAUACCUCCCAGAGUAUGCUCAAAGUCGCAGCACCAAAAAGUGAGAAGCCACUGGACAAAUCCAAGAUUUCCAUCAGAACUGCUGGUCUGCAGCGUUCCCGUUCAGAUGCUGGCAGAGAUCAUCAUGGAGAGCACCGCAAGCCCCCUUCAGGUCUAGUUAAACCCACUGCUGGAACCUCCUUUGGCUACAAGAGACCACCAACAGCAACUGGUACAGCAACCGUCAUGACAGCAGGGGGUGCCACCAUCUCUAGUGGCUCUGCUACUGUGGGAAAAACCCCCAAGUCAUCUGGCAUCCCUGUGAAACCUGUAGGAGGAGGAAUACCCUUGGGUAGAAAGAACAGUUUUGAUGCCAGCAGUGAGCAGAGCUUCCUGGGGCCAAACGCCCGAAACAGCAUUCAGUACCGCAGCCUGCCCCGACCGGCCAAAUCAAGCACACUUAGUGUGAUUGGGCGCCCCACAACUCGCCCUGUCAGCAGUACAAUUGACUCUAGUCUGCUGUCCUUGAAACCUGUACCCAUAACUUCUUCAGGCCCCAGGGUUAAAGAACCAAGUAGCUCCAGCAUUAAAAUAACUAAUCGAACAAGUACUGGCCCAGUAAACCAGACAGACCGAGAGAAAGAAAAGGAAAGGGCCAAAGCUAAGGCUGUGGUUGCAGACAUCGACUGUGCUUCGCUAAAAGGAGAACACGCACCAUCCGAAUCAACAGGAGAGUCUUCCGUGAAACUGCAUGGCCUGAGACGAACUAGCAGCAGCAAAUACCCCGAAUUGUCAUCACCCACCAUACCAAGGAUGCUGAACACUAAGUCUCUAGGUCGUCCUCCUAGCUUGGCUCACCUGGACAAGGUCAACUCAAACAGUCUUGACUCCUGUGUGACAAUACAGGACCUUCCACCCAAAGUGCCCCCAUACUCCAAGCUCCAAGACUUGGCUAGUUCCCACACGGCCACCCGCCUAACCCCUAGCCCAGCGCCAGUCCUUCAUAUUGAUUCACCCAGCCCUUACGCAAGUGAAAGCCUGAGUGGAUCGCCGAUACUCUACCCCAAACUGUCAGGCAUGCACCGCAGCUUGGAGUCCCUGCCCCUCCAGAUGAGUGUGCCUGCAAGUGCAAGGUUUGUUACAACAAACACCCGUGAUAAAGAAGAGAGGAGUACAGGAACCUGGGGGGCUGGGAGUAGGACGUCCCUCACCCUCUCAGACAGCUUGCAAACAGAUCGGAAUACCUUGCCAAAGAAAGGCUUAGAACGCUAUGGCUCAAACCUAUCAGAGAGUGAAGAAAGUAAGCCAGGAAGACGGCACUCCCACAACAUAGUCAGCAUGACAGAGAGUGAUAGCCCCCCUCAGUGGCCUUCUCCUACCCGCACCCUGCACCCAUUAUCCAAUAAGAUUCCUCUCACCAAUGUGGUUGCCCCAAUUUCCAGUGGCACCCCAAGGAUAUCGCGGUCCAACAGCAUAGGCCCCCCAAGUGAUUCUGCCUGCGAUCUCUAUGGAUCCUCCCCUCUGGGCAGCAGUAUGUCCCUGGUUGACCGUCCAAAAAGCAUGAUGCGGUCUGGGUCUUUCCGUGAACCAGGAGAGGAUGUGCAUGGCUCUGUGCUGUCUUUGGCAUCUAAUGCUUCAUCCAACCAUUCCUCAAAUGAGGAGAGGAUACAAGGGGAGCAAAUCCGCAAGUUGAGACGGGAGCUGGAAUCCUCCCAGGAAAAGGUUGCCAACUUAACCGUGCAGCUUUCUGCCAAUCAGCUAGGCCAGGCUAAUCUGGUCGCAGCAUUUGAACAAAGUCUGGCCCUGAUGACAGCACGCCUGCAGACACUGUCUGUCUCCUCAGAUCAAAAGGACUCUGAGCUUACUGAAUUGAAGGACACCAUUGACAUUCUGAAGGCCAAAAAUACUGAAGCCCAGGAAAUCAUUCAGGGGGCCCUCAGUAAUCCUGAUGUCACACCCAAAGAGCUGCAGAUCAACCGCCAGAACUCCUCAGAAAGCCUCUCCAGUCUUACCAGCACCACCAGCCACUCGAGCAUGGGCAGCCUCAAGGAGCAGGAGGCCAAGAAGAAGAAGAAGAAGAGCUGGGUCUUUGAGUUACGCAGCUCAUUCAACAAGGCUUUUAGUAAGAAGGGCUCAAAGCCAACUGGGCCAUAUGCUGACAUUGAAGAGAUUGCCACCCCAGAAUCCUCAGCACCUUCCUCCCCCAAAAUCCACCAUGAUGGAGAUAACCCUCCGGUGUCAAUGAAAUCCUCAGCCUCAGCAUCAUCUUCAAGACUCUCUGAAGGGAGUGAGGCAGGUGAUGAUAAGGUUGUAACAGACCUGCGCACAGAACUGUGGGAGAAGGAGCGUAAACUGACAGACAUCCGCCUCGAGGCUCUGAGUUCAGCCCAUCAGCUGGAGCACCUGCAGGAGGCCAUGAACAACAUGCAGAGGACAAUCGAAAACCUGAAGGCUGAGAACGACCAUCUGAAGACAGGUACUUUGUCUCCCUGUCCAUCUCCUGGACCCUCCAGCUCUGUUUCCCAGUCCUCAGGUCUCACUGCUCUGGGAAGCUCAUCACCCCGACAGUCAGUAGCCAUGCACGUGCCUAAAAGCUACAGCAGAGGGCUGAGUGAGGGGAGCAGCUCAGCAGACAUCCACACUGCAGAUUCUCUCAGCCUUUCCUCACAGAGAGAUGACCAUCGUGUCAGGGUCGUGGUUUGUGUUGCGGAUCUACGUGUCUUUAAAGAUGAGGUUAAACAGCAGGAUUUCUUUGUCGGCACUGUCAGAGUGAAUGGCAGGAUGGAUUGGGUGAUGCUUGACUCAGCUGUCAGCCAGGCUUUUAAGGUAUAUAUAGCCAAGGUGGACCCUACCUCCAGUCUGGGACUGUCUACAGAUUCCAUCUACAGUUACAGUAUGGGCCACAUUAAGAGAGUGCUGGGAGGAGAAGCUCCUGAGACACAACCCUCUCGCUGCAUGUCACGAGGCCCCAGUAGCAUCACAGUGGCACUGAAAGGUUUGAAGGAGAAGUGUGUGGACAGCCUGGUAUUUGAAACUCUCAUUCCCAAACCCAUGAUGCAGCACUACAUAAGUCUUCUACUCAAACAUCGUCGUCUGAUCUUGUCUGGGCCGAGUGGCACUGGGAAGACGUACCUCGCUUCCCGGCUGGCUGAGUACCUGGUGGACCGCAGUGCUCGCGAAGUCACAGAUGGCAUUGUGGUCACUUUCAACAUGCACCGCCAGUCAUGCAAGGAUCUGCAGCUUUAUCUUUCUAAUUUAGCGAAUCAAAUAGACCGGGAAAGCGCAACGGAAAUACCAUUGGUGGUUAUUCUGGAUGAUAUUCAUGAUCCUGCUUCCAUCAGUGAACUUGUCAAUGGUGCUCUAACCUGCAAAUAUCACAAAUGCCCUUACAUUGUUGGAACAAGCAAUCAGCCAGUGAAGAUGAUUGCAAACCAUGGCCUGCAUCUCAGCUUCAGGAUGGUGACCUUCUCCAAUAAUGUGGAGCCAGCCAAUGGCUUCCUUGUGCGAUACUUGCACAGGAAGUUGAUGGAGUCCGAAGAUGAGAGGAACUUGACCAAUGAGGAUCUAAUCAGGGUGUUAGACUGGGUUCCCAAACUGUGGUAUCAUUUGCACACCUUCCUAGAGAAGCACAGCACAUCGGAUUUCCUCAUAGGCCCUUGCUUUUUCUUAUCCUGUCCAGUCACAGUGGAUGAGUUUCGAUCAUGGUUCAUUGAUCUUUGGAACCACUCUAUCAUACCAUACCUGCAAGAAGGGGCCAAGGAUGGCAUCAAGGUCCAUGGCCAAAAGGCAGUAUGGGAGGACCCAGUGGAGUGGGUGAGGGGCACCCUGCCUUGGCCAUCUGCCCAGCAGGACCAGGCAAAAUUGUUCCACCUACCUCCUCCCAGCAUCGGCUCCAGCAGCCCCUGCCAGCCAAGUGAGGAGAGGCCUCACAAAGAGACUCCGCCCAGCUCCAUGGAAAAUGAUCCUCUGAUGGCAAUGCUUUUGAAACUUCAAGAGGCUGCCAAUUUCAUUGAAUCACCAGACAAAGAAGACCCUAGCCUGCCUAAACUUUGAAUACAAAGCUCACACCUAAACACUUAGCUCUCCAAUUUUUUUGUUUUUGCUUACUGUACUGCAGUGUAUGCAGUGCAUAUUCAGGAACAAAUGGACCCUCAGAAAUGGUUGUGGGGCUAUUAAAAACCAUCAUUCCUGCAGGAGAAGUUUGAAAAUAUGACUUAUUAAAUCCAAAUCAUUUAACCCAUUCAGUAUUUUCAAAAAACUGUUAAAUGAAAAGCUAUGUUCUCUUACUUAAUUAUAUAUUUAAGAAUCACUUCACAUAAAUCAGAUAUCUUUACCAGUAUGGUAGCCCUCAGUACUUUUAGAUUGGUGCUAGUGGAUUGUUAAGAAGUCCAUCAGCUCAGCACUUCAGCUUCAGGGGACUUCUGCAACAAAACACACGGUCAAUCCUGUUUUAUGCUCAAGGGCACCUUGAAGUGUUUGUCAAAAAGAGCCAUUGGAAAAGAGUAUGACAGCAUCACAGAUACCAGUCUUUCUUGCAAGGUUCUUUGGCACAUAUCUACUGUAUCAGUCUUUGAAGGCCAAAUCUUACAUAUAUGCAAUCCUGAACUCUACAGCCCGAGCAGGUGAAACUUAUGAUAUGCCUUAAGACAAAGACAUCAAUGUCACCUCAACUUAAGCAGAAUAUACUGGUGCUUUUAUCAAUAACAUCCUAAGACAGCCGCAUCCUAAGCUGUUUCUUCAGCUUUCUAUAUUAUAUAUUACAGUUCAUCAUGGUUACGUUUCACAGCAAAAAAAAAAAAGUCUGAACACUCCAAGUGGAAUUUUCAAAAUAUAUUUUUUACUUUUUCCCAUCUUCUUUAUCAUUUUCAUAGUUUAUGAGUUAAAUCUGCUGUCAUACUCUUUUGCAUAAAACAGAACUUAUUUAUCAGUGAUGUAAGUUCAUCACUUUGUCGCUGCACACUUAAUUUUGUUUUAGUCGCUACUUAAGUAGUGCCACCAAUGUCGCCAUAUGUAUCAGGUAUUAGAUACUUACUACACAGGGAUGAUAUAACUUAACAAACAACCUCUAAUGAAGACAUAACGAGUAAAUGUUAUUUAAAUCCAAUUCAAGAUUGUUUCUCUAGAACAUUUAUGUAGGAAAAGGCACAUCUCUUUCAAGUCUUUCCCCAAACAUUCAGACUAGUUACUGUGUAUAUUCUGUAAAUACAGUCAGAUUGCAUUGCAGUUACUUUAUCUACAUUAGUUGGUGCAAAUAUCGAAUAUACUGAACCAAAUACUGUACUUUAAUCAUGCAUAUUGACUGUCAAGUUAGGGUUUUAAGUUCAACUAUGAAUGUAUAGAAAAUACCUAUACAGCAGCCGUAUAACAGUCAUGUAGGAGGUGCUUUUAAAGUAAGCCUUAUCAAAGUUCUACUGCUAAACACUUUUAUUAAUGGCUGAGCAGGGUGGCUUUAGAGCUGCCUGUUUCUGUUUCAUUUUUUACACGCUUCACAAACAAAAAGAACAUUUUCUCCCCACUCAUGUUUAAUUUCAUUUAGGUACGGUACUCAUGGUGCUCCUUAAAAAUGUCCCAAACUGUUUUAGUGUUGGAUAAAAGCUGUGUAGAUGUUCUGGGUAGGUUAGCAAAAAGUUGUCUGUAAUUUCUGUCAACCACAAAAGAAAUAUGAAAUAUAUUUGGAAGAAAAUGUGUGACAGUUCAUAGGCGAUGUUAUUAAAGACAUUCUGUAGUGGCUGAAGUCAUGUGAGAUCUUAUACGGUAUAUACCCGAGUUGAUGUCCUGCAGUAUUUAUGUUUGAGAGGAUUUUGGGCACAUGAUGCAGAAUCAAGUAGUAGAGUGCUUAUUCCAAGGCAAGAGUUAAAAAGAUUUAAAAUGCUUUAUGAAGAAUUUGGUGUAGAUGUGUGUAAACACGCCCCCUAUGGAGUAAAUGACAGAUUGUUGUGCAAGUGGUGUUGAAAUAAUUCUUUAUCCCCAACAUUUUGGUGCUCAGACUAAACUUCACCUGAAGUAAAACCUGUAAAUGAAUGUUGGACCCCUUAAAGACAGCUCAAUAAGAAAGUCUAAAAACUUAUGUCUGAGAUGCUUCAUGCUUAUUUGCUUUAUUGCACUGUUUGUAUAAGGCUGGUUUUAAAUCUUCAAGCUAAUCUGCAGCUCUUACUGGUCACAAGCAAACUAAAAAAUGAAUGAAGAAAAGACAUCGAAGAGCAAAAACGAUGUCAAGUGUCUGGGACUCUUACCCUGACAUCAUGCUGACUUUGAUUACUGUAAAUAUGUGAGGUAUCAGACUGUGUUACAAGCCCCUCUCUGAUCUGUUUUGCAGGUUAACUAAAGCCAUCAACUCCAGCUUCUCAUUCACUGGUUAUUGUGCCUGUUGUUCUGUGGUAGCUGUGAUUUGUGUUUGCUUACUAGUGUACUGGGACUAUGCAGCAACUUCUACUGGUGUUGGCAAUCAGCAAUGAUGAAAUUCACAAACAAACGCUGUGUUUUCAUAUGGUCGGGCUUUGAUUUCUUAAUUUGGACCAAACUGCACCACAUGAUAAGUGUCAGCUGGAGAUAGAGCCUUAAAGAGAAGAGGAUUUGUUUGGUGAUACAUUGAAGACAGGGUUCAUAAGUUUAGCCGAUGUGUUUUGUCCUUAUGAAUGGCAACUAAAGUAAUGCAGCUGGACUUGUAAAUCGUCAAAUGACAAUAAAAAACGAAAUAAAAAGCAAUUCAGUUCCAGUUUAUCAAAUCACAACAGUCCCCUCAAGGAAGGUUAAAAAAUCAAAAGAUGAGGUGGAAAUAGUUCGCAGUUAGUCUGCAUUAAAACAAGUAAAAAAAACAAUCUGACAUCUUAGGCCAAUACAUGUUGCUGAAUAGUCAUAUUUUCGCAAAGCUUGUUGUGGACUAAGAUUAAGAAAACAAUGUUACGCUGUAUGCAGUGUCACUAAUGUGCAAAUGUCAAGGGUUUCUAAGUGUUGUAAAUGCAUGUAAACUUGCUGUGUGAUGAAAAAAUGUUAACAUUAAUGCAUUGUUUAGGAAAAUCAUUGAUAAUAGAUGAUAAUGUUUUCUUUUUUUAAUACUCAGAUAUUUGAUAUUUCUUUUUUUUUUCUAAAGAAUCCUUUGUAAAAGUUAAGUUCUCUAUUUUGUACAGAGCAUCAUUGUAAAGUCUGUAAAUAUGUCAGCAUUCUGGAUGCGGCAACAAUCACUGAGGAGGAAAAACUAAAUCUGUGAGAGAAAGAUAUAUUUCUUCAAAGUUGGGUCCAAUACAUGGAUAAGGCAUGCUUCUGAAGGCUUUCAUCCACUUAUCACUGUUUGUUGAAAUUAAUA